UCUGUUUGCGUGGAACACGGCACUUUGUGUGUUUCUAGUUAUGAAUUUUACAUGAAGGUUUUUAUGCUAAUUGAGUAAGAAAACUUGUGGUGUCAAUCAUCCGCAGUCUUCUCACGCAUGCAAAAGAUAUUGACACGUUCGAGCUUCAACAGAGAGUUGAGUGGCAGAUUGGAAACACGACCGCCAACCGAGCGUAACACUCUGUGAAAUAUAACAGCUAUCAUAAAGUGUUGUUUCUUUCAAAGGAUCUGAGGUCGAAAAGUGACAAGGAAGGGACUUGUAGUUUGACCGGCAGCGGACGUUCCGAAAUUCGUCACUGCCUCGGGCGCGCGGACAUCUUGGAUUGUUCCAAACGUUUAUUUGCCAACAGCCAAAUCUUGCCGCGUUAUGGAAGGAAACGUGAUGAAUUCAGUGCAAGUUCCCGGGAUGAUGUCUGGCCAGCAAGCGGCCAUGGAGCAAAUGAAAGCUUCUGAAGAAGGUCCGGACGGCCGUAAGCAGGACAUCGGCGACAUUUUACAACAAAUUAUGAACAUUACAGAUCAGUCGUUGGACGAAGCGCAAGCAAGGUAAGGUGAAAUCGAAUACGUCGUAAAUUUCGUCUCCGUUUCUUGCCACUGCCGACGUGCUGUAGUGACAUUAGUCUUGUUCAGUUUACUCUUGUGUAUACUCUUAGCUGUCGAUCUUUUGACUGCAUGCGUUAUGGUUUAUGAUAAUUCAUUGUUUUCUAAUCACACAUCUCCUCUCCUCUAGGAAGCACGCGUUGAACUGCCAUCGCAUGAAGCCCGCCCUUUUCAACGUCCUGUGCGAGAUCAAGGAAAAAACAGGCAAGUAAUGACAGCUUGAUAACACACGUGUUUUGGUUUUUAGAGACCUUUCUUCCAUCGCUGUAGUUUGCUUCUGUAAUCCUGAGGUAUUCAGUAAAUCCCCGAGUUUUGUUUGCACAGUUCCUCGACAGAACGAUUCAUCACAAGCUCAAGGAAUUAAAGCUUACUGCACGUACAUUACACACACUUCCCCUCAUUCUAUCGAUAGUCCUUCAAUUUUUUAUUUUCCCCUGUUUUGGUUUGUUAUCCAACACGUAUAGAUAUCAAUUCACAGGGCGAUUUUCUCAUCGAACUAAUUCUCUUUGGGGCGAUUAUCUUUAAUAGAGCCGUAAAUUAAUCUCACAAGGUCCCCAUGAAAUACUUUAACUUUGUCACACGAUCGGCAAUUAGGAUUACUGUUUGUCUCGAGAAUUGAUGACGCGUUAACGCUCGUAAAAACGUGUUUAAUUCCGUGAAGAAGACCUCUAUCAAUUCAAUAUUUUGUCUUCAAUGCAACCAUAAAUUUCUCGGUACGUUGAAAGCUGCUACUUCCCCCUUUUUCACUCGAUUGCCCUUACGGCUGUGAUUAUUGCAUGAGUAGGUGGCGAUUAUACAUGGUGGCGCUAAGCUUUUAUUUUGGUGUUAGCAUAAUAGAAUGUCUUUAAUGUUUAUUGUUUGUCUGCCGGGUUUCCUUUCGCAAACAAUAGAUUUCGAUCCUACCCAAACAAAAUACCUGUAAUAUAGGUUUAAUUCUCUCCUCUUGAUAGAUCGAUUUUUAUACAUCUCGGACUCUACCUUACGUUUUAAUUGUACUUUAAGUUUUAUUCUUACCUGUCCACAAAGUUGGGAAAAGGCAGCGUAACGGUUAAGUGAUCUCAGCGUAAAAGCUCUACCAGGAUUACGGAUCCAAUUUCGUUAUUAAAUCUUUCCAUAAUAUUUCCGUUUGUUUGGUCUAGAUUUAUUUGCAGGACUUAAGAGUUCAGUACUUUUUAAGUCUUUUAACAGGUGCACUGAUUUUUUUCAUUUGUAUGAAAGGGAUCAUUUCAUCUUGAUAAUUACCUCACAAUUCUUUAUCCAAAACAGUUCGAUUUUUUUACUGGCAACUGGACUCAAAAAGUGCUAUAGGCACAUGGGCCGAGCAUGCUUUUAGUCGGAUGUGUUAAGUGUAGACAACGCAAUCCUGCUUUGAAGCAGCCAAUCAUAAAGAGCAGAAUCUUAGCUCCACAUGUAACAUCCUGACUUUAAUUAAGAUCUUUGAGAAGAGCGAGCUUUUGUUUCUCAAUUUUUUUAGUUUGUUCACUGAUUAAGCCUUGAAACCCCAAGUUUGAUCCUAGGCAAAUUGUCUUCUUCCUGUUUGGGUUUUGUAUCUAUAUUUUGGAGUAAAAUAUCCAAAAUUGUAUUCAAACAUGGAGACAAACAAAUCAUGUGAAAGUUACCAUUCUUACAGUGCAACUUGAGUAACUUACAUAUAAUGUAAGAUCAUUUAUGAUAUGAAGAGUUUUUUUUGAAGCAUUCUAAUUAAGUAAUGGUUUGUGGUAGAACAAUGAUAGUAAACCACAGAGCAUUAAGAUUAAUGCAGUGUUUAAAUUCAGGAAAAUUAAGAUUCAUUGAGAAUUAAUGCCCUUUGACGGCAUACAAAUAGUGAUGCAUUCAUCAUUCCAUCUAAGGUGUGGAUGUAACAUCGAAUGAAGUUUAAUAUGUAUAUGCCUGUUCGCCUGGUCAUCACACAGUUAAGAUGUACCCCAAGUACUGACUUAAUUAAUAGUAUAUAUUUGAAGUAAAGCAGUGAUAGUUAAAAAUAAUGUAUAUCUUUAGUCUGGAGGUUUUUCGAAUCUGGCAACUGAUUAUUACUCUUUUGUGAUACCAUGUUCUCUCAGCUACAGUACAUUGACACUGCUGUCCUCUUUAGAGUCAAGAAAAGGUUUUAAAAUCUCUCUGUUCAGAAAGCCGUUUAAUAUGGAGGACUUGUUUGUGUGGUAAAGGCCGCGAUGUUAUAAUUUAAGUUUUAAGAUUCAUCUCACGGUAUGUGGUAAUUUUGGGCUCAUUAAACCUCAUUUAGUACUUAUUGAUGUUACUGUAAAGAUCUGUUUACUCAAAAACAAGAAAGACAUGCUGUUGCAUGCAAUUUAAUUGGGGAUAAUAAAUUGAUUAAUUGGAACACGAAUAACAAUAAUGGUGGAAACAACAACAAAAGCAUUUUUAGAAACAUCUCGUUCACAAAGAAGGUUUGCAACUUGUAAUUUUUUAUUUGGAGACUCAAAAAUAAAAAAAACCUGGCUUGCAGCCCUGGUAGGUAUAAAAACUGAUUGGCAUGUGACAUAUUUGGCUGGUUCUAAACUUAUGAGAGAAGGAAGUUGUACUUUGGGCUAAAAAAAGACUGUGAAGUAAAAUAGGCCAUUCUAAAGGGGUAACCCAAUGAUGAUUUCAUCCUAAAUAUAUUGAAACAUUUUUAGGCUAUCUAGAGUACUUUUAGAUCUCUAGAAAUGCAUUCUAAGUGGGGCUAUAAAAUUUGUAUCUGUUCGGUCAUCCUAGGAAAACUUGAGUCUUUUUGAGAUUACAAGGGCUCCAGUAGUAUUUUCCCGAAAAUUUUAGAUGUGCAUUUACGUAUGUAUAACAGCAAUGGGUUUUUGGAACUGCACUCCUUUAAUUUCUCAGCCAAUCAAAACUGAGUAAUGUUUUGUGUGUAUAUUUUUAAAUGUAUUUCAAAAGUGAGAAUUUUUGAUUCCUCUUUCCAUUACAUUUUUGAAUGCAAAAAGUUUAGGUUUCCAUUUUUUCUAUGAAAAAUAGCCCAACCUGUGGAGUGAAAUGUGAAAAAUUAAACUUCAGAAACUCGUAGGGAAUUUAAAGGAUAAGCUUUGAAAUUGUACGUGAAUGGAACAGUCAUCAAGAAAUUUUUCUAAAGCUGUUUUCAAGUAAAAGAAAGUUCUUGGUAACAUUUGGUUCUUUGAACAGAUAUUCUAUAGAAAACAGUCGUUGGGUGCUGCUGAUUCCUGAGUUCCAAAAACUCUCUGUUUCAAAAUGAGGCUAAGUGCAAAACCUCUGUUUUCAUGAAGAUGUCUAGAAUAAGGGGAGAAAAUGCUUUGUAGAUGUGGGCGUUUGCAUUUAUUAUUAAGGUAACUAUUUAUGUAUGUUCUGGCUCAAGUUUUUCUUUGAUUUAAAAUUUUUUUAUUGUCUCACAACAAUUAACACAAAUUAUCUGAGUCAGAGGAAAACUCAAGAUAAACUGGUUUUUCAAACCAAAGAAAACUACAACUUACAUGUAUACAUCUACAUUUAAAUAAUAACAUAGUAAUAAAAAAUUCUUUUCAACAACUAACAUUUUGUAAAAAUAACCCAGUCCUGGACCCUAUUUACUUGUAUAGAGAGUUGUGGCAUGUAUUUUUACUAAUGUUUAAAUACAUUCUUUAGUUAAUUACACUGUAGUUAUUUUUAAGAAGUUUGUGAUUUCUUCUUGGAAAGACAUUGAGAAGUGUAUACAUGUAUGUUACCAGUCAAAAUAAAAUUCAGGUUAAAAUUUUUUAACCUAGGUUGAUUCUCAAUUUCGUUUGUAUCCUAGCCCUAAAUAUCCAUGUAUUAGGGCUAGGAGACAAAGGAAAUUAAGAAUCAACCUACAGGUUUAAAAACUUUUACCUGAAUGUAGUUUUGACCCAUGACAUAUGUUGUCAUCCUUUCUAUUUUUCAUUAUUUUACAAUCCUAACAACAUUUCAGUUUCUAUCAGCUUAAUAUUAUAUCACUUUCAUUUACAAAAAUAAAAUGCAAAAAACAGUCAAUACAAAAUAUAUAAACUAAUAUGACAUAGAUGUUAAAAAGGAGCUUAAAGUGGAAAGAAGCUGAGCAUGUAUUUUUGUUGGAAGUGCAUUCCAAUAAACAGUAUAUAUACAGUAAUGUUAAUGUUGCUGAGACCAGCAACAACUGCUAUCUUAGAAAGGUAUCCACCUUGCGGAGAAUCAACUUAAAAGACUGAAGAGUGGCAGGGAUUCAAGUCUUGAGUCUGUUUAAGGAAGAGUCCAUCUUCUAUAGGCAUCCAUCUUAUAGAGAUUUCUGUCAUAGAUGUGUCCAGUGUUGACUGCUUACCUGUACACCUCAGGAAAAAAAACCUGAAUGUUUAAAGAGAUUAAGAGAAACACUUCAUAGUGGAAGUAAUCAUUUAAGGUACAUGCAUGAGUAAACAUACACUUUUGCGUGGACAUGGUAAGAGACAAAAUUGAAGGGGUUCUCAAGGCUGUUCUAUAAACAAAUUGAAGGGAAGUCAAAGCUCUGAACCUGUGAAAAACCAGGGUUCCCAGCAUAAAUUGUUUUUAUAUGAAACUAAGAUUUCGUAGUCGCUUGUGGAAUCACAAAACAUUUUUUGUCAAUCUUUGAAAUUUUUUUUUUUCAGUUUCAGUUAGCUAGUGCCACACAAGUUAGAACCACAACGGUAUUUUUUUAUGUUACUGUUAUAUAUAGUAACAAAAAUGUUGCUUGCUUUAAAAUCACUACAAUAAUAGAAAUUUUCUCCACAAAGGAAAUUUUCACUGGUUUUAGCAUCUUUGUGAAAAUUUGUAUAUAAUGCAAUUAAGUUCUUUGCUGUGGGCCUGUUUUUAAGUGGGUCAUUAUAAAACUUGAAGUAAUCAUCAAAACAUUGUAAAAUGUAAAUGGGGUGCAUAUACACACAUUUAUUUUGUUAUGUUAAUGAUAUUUAUAAGCUGUGGUUCACUUAGCUUUUUGCUUUGAGAGCUUAUUAUGUUCACUCGUGGUCUCUCAUCUUAAUGUUGUUUGAGUUUCUCAGCUGUUUUUCAGUUGUAUUAAAUUCUGCUGUUACCCCAAUACUAAAUAAGAUUUUUGUGAUGAGUGACUCAUGCAGGUCUUCAACAGUGAAGCAUUGCAAACAUUAGAUAGCCAAAUUUGUUGUGGUACUUUAAGCAUAAUACAAAGGAUGAUUUCUUGUGCUGAGAUGAUACUGUCAAGUGGUGCUUUUAGUUUUUUUUAUAUCAUUUUCCAUCCUUGUAAGGCGACCAUUAAACUUUUGUUACAUACAUGUUUACAUUUGUAUGAAGCUUUUCAUUUAAGAAUUAUUUAAGUACAUCAAACUUUCUUAAACACGCAACACAUUCAAAUGAAAGGGAAAAUCUGGCAAUAUGACAACUAUCACUGACAGUAAGAAUUUAUUAUUUCCUUGACUCCUCAUGAUUUUUGAUGGUGAAAUUUCUCAACACAAUUUGUUAUGAAAAGUGGAAUUUUGUGGUUUUCUUUUGGCCAGCAAUAUUGAUUUUGGGGGUAUAAUCGUGAUCUAUAUGCAGAGAGCAAAUGAUGUUUCCGAAUACUUUAGCCCUGAUCCAAGAAUUCUCAUACUGCAGGGCUUGAAAUUAAAAAAAAUGUCUGGUCGCAAAUUUGCGACUAGUUACGAAAAUUUGGUCGCAACUUUGAAAAUGUUAGUCGCGAAAUUAAUUGAGGCCAUUUAAUCAAGAAAUAAGUAGGCUUUUAAAUGAUUAACGCUUUAAUUUUCAUUCUUUCAACAGCUUUCAUGUCAUUUCGAGACUUAAUAGUACAGAACGUUUAGCGUCUCGGACAACACCAGUUCAUCUAAACGAUCAAGUUGAACCUGCGUUAAGGCACAUAAAUUAGUGUCUGUUAUUUUAGUCAAAGCGAUAGAUUUCCAAAUCAUGAACAGAUAUUACAGCAGGAAACUGCAGUUCUUAAAUGCCUCCAAUCUCUGCAAAAUAGCAAUAACAUUUGUACUGGGCGGAUAUCCGACAUGGUUAUAAGUUACGUUACGUAACUAAAUUCCUUUAGUUUUACCUUUUGCAGGUUUUCCACCGAUGACAAAACAAGUAACGAAUUCUUUUAUAUAUUAAGCUUUACAUCUGAAGUAUCAGGGGUGUUACUACAGUGAUUAUUCAAAGAACCCUGAAGGACUGAAUCAUUCAAUACGACGAUACGUGCCAUGCGGACAUUCCGCCAUCUUUGUUUGCUAAACCUCGUUUUCAUGUAUACGUAGAUUCGCAACCCACUUUGAACCGAUUUAUUUUACAUGUAAAUCUUCGUUUAAAAUGUGACCUUUGAAACAAUUUAAGUCGCUUUCAUCCGACAUAAUUGACUCACUAAAGAAGAACACAUGUGUACUGUGAGGGCCGUAACGCGGGUCAUAAACGCGGGAAAAGUCCUCAGCAUGCUGGCGGGACUGUCAGCGGCAAAUCAAAACGAAAUAUGAGCCUGCAAUGUACAUGUUUACAGAACCCGCUGAAAAUGGCGUGCUGUUGAAGGAAUAUCGUUGCGUGUAUGCAUUCCAGGUAAAUUACGGUAAACCUUCAGAUUGUAACAAAAUUAUAAGACGCUACUUCAAUGAAUCUUUUUAUUUCUAAAUUUAUUUAAGCAAAAAUUCAAGUGCUAGUCCUUUUAUUUCGUAUCAGUUAAGGCAAAACCUAGUCGCAAAUUUGCGACUAGUCUCGUUUUUCUAGUCGCAAAUAAGAAAAAUUAAGUCGCAAAUGCGACCGUAUCCGUCGCAAUUUCGAGCCCUGUACUGACUUUUAAACAGACUAAGAGUCCUAAGGCUUUGCUCUGCACACAAUAUUCUUCUUUACAGUUGUAGCUUUCAAAUGGUCUCACAAAGAUUUUGUACACACAAAUAUGUAACUGGAUUACUACAGUGUGUAGUUUUAAAUUUUCACUUUUCAGUCAAUGAGCCACAUAGUCCAUCAAUCAGUCAUUCAGUCUGUCAGGCAAUCAAUCAAACAAGAAAUCAAAUCAACUAUUCUAACUUAUGGAAAGCAUUCUGUAAGAGGCAUACAUGUAGGAUGUUAACUUGAUAAGACAGGUUGUUUAAGGGACUUCAAACAAUACAGCAGAAAUAGAGACCUGGCAAUCUGCUUUAUCCAGUUUGAGGAUUGACAAUUUUCUUGAAUUUUUGCUUUUUUAGCAUCCCCACUUAGCAAAAUUGCUUUAUGUAUUUGACACAGAAAUCAAGUUGUUGUUUUUGUUAUCAUUUUUAUUAUUGUCAUUAUCAAUCAUUUUUAAAAUAUAUCAGGACCUGCCCCCUGCCCCCCUCCCCAACCAAAAAUUGACAGUCUCUGACUGUAUGUGGCUCCUGCGUUUCUUUAUGGAAUGUUACAUUAGAAAAGCAAAUAUUGAACAAAGAUAAAAAGAAAAAGGCUCCGUAAAAUGUUUCUGUCAUGGAAACUCAUUGCCAAAAGUAUUUCUUUAUUUUCAAGUGGCUGCAAAAACCGCCAACCAAGUUUGUCUUUGUUUUGUGAAGAACAAAUCCAAGACUGCUAACAGCCAUGAUUCUUGGUGCUGUAGCGACCACAAGGCGUAAACUGUUUAAAUCAAUCCGGGGUUAGUGUUGAUUGGUUCUGACAGAUUUGAAACUAAAACCAAGUGAAAAACACUUGAAUUCUCAUAUUUGGUUCCGUUAUCAUUUCUUUGUUACUUACUCACUUCAGUCAGACAGCCAAUACAAUAACAAAGACUACAGUGUUUUUAAGCACAGUACUUAGCCAAAAAUUAUCUUAAAACCUGACUGCCCUCCUCCUAGCGGGAACACUUUAUUGACUGAGUUUUAAUAUGUUACAGUUCUCAGUAUCCGUGGAUCACAGGAAGAUGAACCUCCAGACCCCCAGCUUAUGAGACUGGACAACAUGUUACUUGCGGAGGGUGUGGCUGGUCCUGAGAAGGGAGGAGGGUCUGCAGCGGCAGCAGCAGCAGCUGCUGGGGUGCAUGAGAACCAAGCUGAACAUACAGAGUACAGGGCCAAGUUAAACCAGAUCAGGCAGAUAUAUCACACAGAAUUGGAAAAAUAUGAACAGGUACAUGUGUGACCUAUUUACGCGUACUUAAUUAUGCAUUUUGUGUAGUGUUUUUUAGUUCAUUUAUAUUGAAACCAAAUAUGAUGUAGUUUAUAAUUAUGUAAGUAAAGUGUGCUAGAAAAUUUCUUUAGUGAAGUGUUGGAUUUUAUUCAAAAUGUUACUCAGUUCUUCCUUGCUAUACAGUGUAUGUAUUUUUGAAAAACAUAAACAGUACUUGUACAAUAUGUGUAAUAUAAAACUUUACGUGAAAAAAGUUCUUUGUACAUACAUAAAUAGGAGGCCUGCAGCCAGUUUUGAAACACUGAGACUGUUGCUUAGGUGAAACAUUCGGAGUGUUUUAAGAAGAAAUAUACAGCUAUCAUAAAAAAAAAGCUAUUAAUGAUUUCCUCCUUCUCAUGUUGCUGGAAUGGAUUUUAGUCUGGCUGUGGCUCUAAACAGGGUGUGUUAGUGCCAGGCCCAGACAAUCUUUUUUGAUGCAUGUAGGUACCAUAAGUAUCAUUAUUAUUGUUGUUUUAACCCUUUAAGCCCUAAUAUCCACAUACAAAUUCUCCAAACUGAUCUCCAUACAUUUCCUUAAAGAAUUAGUUGGGAGAAUUUGAUAAAAGAUCAAAGAUUUUUUUCCCUUGUGAUCAUUUUAUCAAUUCUCAUAGACUUUGCUCUUGACAAUCUAUGGAUGUCAUUAGGAGAAAAUUGUGUUUGGUCACCAUUGGGACUUAAAUGGUUAAUAGAGAGGAGAAGCAUGAUGUCAUGUUACCAUGGUAGCAAAAUUUCUGGAUCACAACAACAGGCAGUUGUUCCUUUCGGAUUUAACCCAGAAAAUGUUGCCAACAUUUGACAAAUUAAAUGAAAUUAAAUGAGAUAGGUGAAGUUUGAAACAGUGUGAAUCCACUUUUUAAGUGACGUUUUGGUUUGUUGUCAUCCAGAAAUUUUGCUAUUAUGGCAACAUGACGCAAUGACUUCUCCUCUCUAUUGGCUUUUUAGGUUGUCCUCAGAUUUUGGCAUGUCCUCAAAGUUUUAGUACUACUAGUUGUAACAAUAAUAUGGAGACUUAAAGUCAAAAAUGACAUGAGAUGAAUUGCAUGAAUUAUUGCUUUUGGAUGGAACUCCAAAUGGAGGCACAAUACCUAACCAAAUUUAUUCAAUUUUUUCAGGCAUGCAAUGAAUUUACUACUCAUGUCAUGAAUCUACUGAGGGAGCAGUCUAGAACACGUCCCAUCUCCCCAAAGGAAAUUGAACGUAUGGUGAAUAUCAUCCAUCGUAAAUUCAGUGCCAUACAGAUGCAGCUCAAGCAGAGCACAUGUGAAGCUGUUAUGAUUUUAAGAUCAAGGUUCCUAGAUGCAAGGUACUUUUAUGACUGGCCUUACCCUUUUUAACCCUUAACCUUGAUUCAAACUUCAUUUUUGAGUAGGCUGGCUUGCAAGUAGCAAAGAGCUAAUCAUGGCAAGCCAGACUGUAUGGACAGAUAAUUUUCUUAUAGAUAAAUAUGCAUAUUUUCAUACAGGAAAUAUGCAUUUAAUAACAACUGCAACAUAUAUAUGCACUACACUUCAUAAUAUCAUUAAAUCUUUAGAAAGAAGAAAGAUAAAGAGGAAAACAAAUCGAAAAACAACAAAAGAACCAUAUGUAAAAAUGGCCCACACUGUAUUAUCAAAACACCAUUACCUUUUGUCCCUCAUCUUAUAUCAAGGGAAUUUAUUUUGGGUAAUAUGGCUUUCUUAGCUCAUAUUCAGCAAUAUAUAUAUCAAAUCAACAUCAAAGUGAAGUCUAAAGGUAUCUUAUUUUGGAAAUUUUCCAAGUGCCCUUCUCCUCGAUUUGAAUAUUACCUUUUAAGAUAAGAAAUUACACACACUAUGGUCUAUUUACAGGCACUGCAGGAACAAAAUGGUACCCAAGUAGUGCAUGUAAUUACCCUAUUUAGUUAGACUGCUCCUUAAAAUAACACUGUACACUGUAAGAUGACUUUGUAUUAAUCACCCUGGGCUUUGGUAUGCAGUAUUAUUGCUAGAAACGUGUAUUUAAUCUCUUUAAACUGAAGAAUUUUUGAGUAACUAACCACAAAUUUAAUUGAUUCCUGCUAGGAGAAAACGAAGAAACUUUAGUAAACAGGCCACAGAAAUCCUAAAUGAGUACUUUUACUCUCACCUAAGUAAUCCUUAUCCAAGUGAAGAAGCUAAGGAGGAAUUGGCAAGAAAGUGUGGAAUAAGUGUUGCACAGGUAACAGCAUUGAUAAAAUGGUUUCAUUUUUGUUGAGAAAGAAUUUGAAAUAUUCUUUGUGAAGUAAGUUGUUUUAAAUCUGCAAUUCCUGUUUGUUCAGUCCAUUUUUGAGCUAUUUUGAAAAAAUAGACAUACAUACGGUGUGACAUACAUACGGUGUGACCGUAUGUAUCUUUGUGGCUUUGUAACUUUGUAUGUUCGGAUCUUUGUUGCAAGAGCCAGUAAGGUUGAAGCUACUAUGAGUUGAUGCUUAGGAACCAAUGAGAUCUUGGCAUCUACUAAAACAUGACAUUGCUAAAGGUCGAACAAGGGCACUUUGAGACCGCCAUCUUUAUUCUUCACAAUUUUUUCGUCUUUUAUUACGGCUACACUAGGUGUUUGGAAACAUUAUAUUAAAUAUCUUCAUUAUUCAAACGCUGUGUACAGUGAUGCAGCUGUUUAAGCGUUCAUAUUUUAGUGUUGAAGCUACUUCAAGACAUUUCUGACCGAAUUCGGCUAUCGUUAACGGUAUUAACGCACGUAUUUAUGAGUUGUGUUUCACGUGCUUCAAGGUAGAGUAUAAAAGAUCGUAUAUUUUCGAAGCUCCUUCAGUGAAGCGAUAAUUGAUAUUUAGAUAUGGACUUUAAUUCGAAAGUAUGCGGCCUGUAAAAUGUGGUUUUACAAGUUUGAAAGGCAGCUUUUUUUUUUUNGUACUACUAGUUGUAACAAUAAUAUGGAGACUUAAAGUCAAAAAUGAAAUGAGAUGAAUUGCAUGAAUUAUUGCUUUUGGAUGGAACUCCAAAUGGAGGCACAAUACCUAACCAAAUUUAUUCAAUUUUUUCAGGCAUGCAAUGAAUUUACUACUCAUGUUAUGAAUCUACUGAGGGAGCAGUCUAGAACACGACCCAUCUCCCCAAAGGAAAUUGAACGUAUGGUGAACAUCAUUCAUCGUAAAUUCAGCGCUAUACAGAUGCAGCUCAAGCAGAGCACUUGUGAAGCUGUUAUGAUUUUAAGAUCAAGGUUCCUAGAUGCAAGGUACGUUUAGGACUGCCCUUACCCUUUUUAACCCUUAACCGUAGAUUCAAACUGAUUUUUGAUUGGCUUGCAAGUAGUAAAGAGCUAGUCAUGGCAAGCCAUACUGUAUGUACAGAUAAUUUUCUUACAGAUAAAUAUGCAUAUAUUCAUGCAGGAAAUAUGCAUUUAAUAACAACUGCAACAUAUGUAUGCGCUACACUUCAUAAUAUUAUUAAAUCUUUAGAAAGAAGAAAGAUAAAGAGAAAAACAGUUCAAAAAACAACAAAAGAACCAUAUGUAAAAAUGACCCACACUGUAUUACCAAAAUGCCAUUACCUUUUGUCCCUCAUCUUAUUUCAAGGGAAUUUAUUUUGGGUAAUAUGGCUUUCUUAGCUCAUAUUCAGCUACAUACAGUGUAUCAAAUUUCAACAUCAAAGUGAAGUCUUAGGGUAUCUUAUUUUGGAAAUUUUCCAAGUGCCCUUCACGUGGAUUUGAAUAUUUCCUUUUAAGAUAAGAAAUUACACACACUAUGGUCUAUUUACAUGCACUGCAGGAACAAAAUGGUACCCAAGUGGUGCAUGUAAUUACCCUAUUUAGUUAGACUGCUCCUUAAAAAAAGACUACACGGUAAGGUGACUUUGUAUUAAUCACCCUGGGCUUUGGUGUGUGGUAUUAUUGCUAGGAGCGUGCAUCGAUCUCUUUAAACUGUAAAAGUUUUGAGUAACUAACCACAAAUUUAAUUGAUUCGUGCUAGGAGAAAACGAAGAAACUUUAGUAAACAGGCCACAGAAAUCCUGAAUGAGUACUUUUACUCUCACCUAAGUAAUCCUUAUCCAAGUGAAGAAGCUAAGGAGGAAUUGGCAAGAAAGUGUGGAAUAAGUGUUGCACAGGUAACAGCAUAGAUAAAAUCGUUUUCAUUUUUGUUGAGGAAGAAUUUGAAAUAUUCUUUGUGAAGUAAAUGGUUUUAAAUCUGCAAUUCCUGUCUGUUCAGUCCAUUUUUAGUUUAUAGAUUUUAGAUUCAAUAUCGACUUAUUCUUACAUGCAAAAUAAUUUGCUUAGAUAUCAAACUGGUUUGGAAACAAGCGAAUCCGAUACAAGAAAAAUAUUGGGAAGGCCCAAGAAGAAGCCAAUAUGUAUGCUGCUAAGGCUGCAGCAGGCGGAGGAGCCCCUGGACAAGUACAAGGGCAACAGGGAGUACCAUCCUCUGGUCAAGGUAUGUACAGCUAUGACACUAACCUUGAUGAUGAAGAUAGCGUUACCGUUACCAUUAAUUUUGGCAAAAGUUUUAUCUGUCUUUUUAGGGGUUUACAUGUAUGUUGAAAAAUGAACAGUAAAGCCUUUGUAGCCUUUUUACUAUGGCAAGAUGAUAUCAAAAACUUUUUGCACAGGAAUACCUUCAUUAUCUUCUGACUGAAAUUGCCAUCUUCUCUAAAUAUUCUUCCAUCUCUCAUGUUAUUAGGUCAGUACCCAACUGUCGCAGUAGCUGGUAGUCCUACAGGUGUGGUUCCAACUUCUCAGCAUCAGAUGCCCAUCACAAGUCAGCCACAGCCUGAGAUGUACAUGUCAGGAGUUCAGAUGAAUGGUGGUGGUUUGGGUGCUGAAUACCAGACGGGACAAAAUGUUGGUGCUAAUGUGCAGUCACAGGUCAGUGUGGAAAAUGAUUUGUUACUCAGUAAGGAGACGGUUUAAUUAAUUUAAAAUUUUAAAAGUAAUGAACUCAUGAUAGAAGCAAGUCCCAAAGGCUGCUAAUUCUGAAAGUAAUGAGGGUUGUUACUUUUGGUGAUGGAAUUUUAUGGUACACUGUAUGUGAUCUGUCUGUGUGGGUAUCUGCAGUAAAUGUUAAUUUCUUUUUUGAGCAGGGCUUCUGCUUCAAACGUACACUAAAAAUAAUGCAAAGAUCAGUUUCGAGAAUCUUGAUAAAAGACUAUUGAAUGUGCCAAAGGCGGUUUUGAAGCACUCCUCCAGUCUGGCGUGGUUUUUUUUUUGUUAUCCAAUUUUCUGACACUUGUUACCCAGAAGGUCUUUUUCGUGUGCAAGAUAUCUAUGCCUAUCAUUGUGGUGGUUUUGGUCAGGAAAUUGGGGGGACACAGGGGCGGAUCCAGAAAAUUCAGAAAGGGGUGGCCACGACACUUGCCAGCUAUAUAGAUACUUUUUCUUUUACUGAGAAUUCAUGAAAAAUUGUAGAAAAAGACACAGAAAAAAAGGGGUGGCCACGGGCGCCCUUGGUCCCACCCCUAAAUCCAUACAGCUUCAAAUUGGAACAAAACACGUUCAGUGAUCACUGUUAUUCUAUUGCAGGUGCCAGGGUUACGUCAUGUAAUAUCUCAGGCUGCUACUGGUUAUAUUGAUCCUGCAACAGGACACAUGCAGGCGCACAGUCAGGGACAAGUGUACCAUGAGCCACACCAUCUUCAUCAUCAAGUAAGACUUGUUUUUUAUGACACAUUCUUAAAAUAAAAUACAGAGAAGAUCAUCACAGAUAAAUACGCAACUUAAGCUGUUGCAAAAAGAUAGCCAUGGUGCGUCAGCACCUGCGUCUGAUUGUCCGGGACACAAAGAAAUUUAAUACGGACAUGUAAACCUUUGAAAUGACUUGACCGUGGGACAAGCACAUUUUUAAUUAAGAAAAAUACAAAAACAGUUGAAAAUUGACUUCAAAUUACAGUAGCAUUAAAAUUUAUCUUAUAGUCAUAAAAGCAAACCUCAAACUUGACAAAAUGAAGUUAAAUAAUCCUUUGUCCUGCUGCGGCCAUUUCAAUAUUUUACGAGCUCCAUUUGGCUUACGAACCUGGCAAAACUUUUUGGACAAGAACUCGUGGGUUUUGGAAAACCAAAUUUAUCAUAGUGCUUGUCCGAGGGACAAGUGGAUAAGAACAUUUUUUUCUUACUCUGAUAGCCUGAAAAAACUUCAGGCUUGCCGGGGCUCUAACCCUGAUCCGCGAUACCAGUGCGGUGCUCUAACCAAUUGAGGUAACCAACUGGGAACUGGUCAGUAAAUUGGUUUGUAAUAGGCCUGAGAAAGUUGAAGAUAAAAAUAAUGGUGAAUAUAGAAAUUUAUAUUAUUCAUCCCUUAGUUCAAAUAAUUAUAUAAAAUUCACAUACUGUAUUCAUCUUUUCAUUUUGACACAUUCAGUGGCACACCUUUUUUAAAUGUAAAUCUUUUGAGUUAGAAAAAAUGCCUUGCUCUGAAUGCAUUUAGUGGUUAUUCUAUUACUCCCUGCUGAUGUCCUUAAACAUGGCUAAAAUAAGAGAAUCCAAAAUAAGUCAAUGAUAUUCACCGCCGUAGCCAGUAUGAGGCGAACCGAGGCAUUCGCCUCGGUAAAAUUUUACCAAAUACUGUCGAUUUUUAUUUUUUUUAUCAGACUGAUAAUAUUAGAAGAUUUCAUACGGCUGAUUUCGUACAACGGACCGUGUGUUCGCCUCGGUUGUGGUUUCUUCCUGGCUACGGCCCUGAUAUUUAUUCGAUCAAUGACCCGUGCAACUAGGAAUUAAAAUCCACGCUUUCCUAACAGGGCUCUCUCAAAAGGAGGUGAAACUAAUAACCUUCUGGUUACUAGCAUUCUGAAGCGGGGUCUGAACUACCUUGAUGAUUAUAUUUAAAUACCCAUGUUUUAUUGUUGCUUUUUCAAGGCAGGAGGAUUUAAUGAGUUGUUUGAUUCCAUUAAUGUCUGGGCCAGAAAGUCAGGAGCAGCGUCAAAGGUACGAUCAAGUCUUCCAUGCAUUAACUUAGGUGUUUCAAUUUCCGGUAGUAGAGCAAGUUUUGCCUUGCUGAAUUUGAAAUUCUCUUUUUUUUUUUGCAAUUAAGGCCUACUGGCCAAAUGUCGAACUUCUCACGAGACGAACCAAACUUAGGGAGUUAAGUUCAUGAAAAGUUCGACCUCUGGCUCAGUUACAAGUCAGUUCGCCUGAAUGAGUUUGGAUCGUCUCCGGUACAACUGUCGAUCUUCACAGGCAACGAACUAAACUAAUAAAUUAAAAAUUUACCCGAUGAUGUAAAAUUAGCCUCGUGCGGGAGAAAAUUUAUUACUUAUCUUAUUCAAUUGAUUGGUUCGACGUGCCGAAGUUCGAUACCUGACCCAACAGACGAUCUUAACUUAAUUUAGGUCGACCCAAAUUAGAGGUUGGCUCGUCUCAUGAAAAGUUCGACGUUUGGCGUAGGCCUUAGCUUAUUUAAACUGUGGUGGGGCUAUAUAUUUUUUAAAUUGAGGCAGGCUAGCAAGAAUAGGUUAACAUUAGAUCACAUCGACGGUAUCCCCUUCGGACACCUCAUGAAAUUCACACAAAUUGGGAUAUUCUAUUUUCCAAAACUAAAAAAGUAAAAAACUGCAUAGUGGUAAAAAUUUGCUCGUGAGUUGAGCUUUUGAAACUGCUUUGGCAGUAACAUUUGAAAGCUAAGAGUUGUCAAUAGGAACUGUGAGGUGAUGUGAAAAGAAGGUAACCCUUACUUUAGUAUAUUUUUGUUGAAAUAAAACGUUUACUUUUCCCUUCAACUUUUCAACGUAAAGUGGACAUCUUUUUACAAUGCUUACUAAUCUUUUGUUUUUGUAAUUCGAAGAGUGGAGAUCAGAGAAAGAGAGGGCAAAAUGGCAAAUCAGGUAUCAGUAGAAUUUCAUAACUGUGAUUAAUACCUAUUUUGUUUUCACUUUUUCUGGUUUGUUUAGCCUGCUUGGCAGUUGCUUGGCAGGGAGAAAUUAAACGCGCGAGGAUUCGAAAGGCGCGCCAGAAAGACUGCCAGCCAUACUAUGGCAUUUUAUGAAGGUAACUAUGGGCCCUUUUACACGGGUGUUAUUGGCCGUGUAUUUCAUGGUGAUUUAUCCCUGCAAAUUUACAAAUGCUUACAACCUGCACGAAAUUGCGACCUAUGCGAAUUUCCGCUCGAGCGUUACAUUUACCAGUAAAAUCUGCUUCGUGCGAUUAGUUCGUUCGGGACUUGAACCCGGUCCACAUAGGGGAGGGGUGGGGAGCAAGUGCGUUCACCGCUGCUCCAUCCGGGCUUCCCUUACAAGUAAAAUUCUUUAUUUCAAGAAUUUUCUCGGUUCAACAAGCCGUUGUAUUACGAUUUCUUUUUAAAGGAUGUCAGUGCUAUGUUUUGUUGUUUUUAAAGUUAGCUUUCUUGAUUCACAUGCAGGAAGCCGAAGUAAUUCACCCGCAGACUCGCAAGAAGACAAAGAUGAUCAGGGGGGCCCGGAGUUCUCUAGUCUCCAGGGACUCAGUGAUAUGGCUAAUGCUGAUUUUGAUUCGCGGGGAAAUGACAGAUCUCGGGAUGAGCCGCCCUCGAAACGAACAAAGAUGUGAGAAGCGGAAGGAAGCACGAUGCAGACAAAAGGCAUAAAUGGAGGAGCCUUUCGUGGAUUUGGCAGAAUGAUUUAUGUUAUAAGAAUCGAAGGCAAAUACUAGGUCGCAAUAUCAGUCUAAUAUCAGUGAUUAAUGUUGAAAACGUAGGGUUAACACAUUGCAGAGGUAUAAAGCCAAGAGAAGGUUUAAUUUUAGUGCUGACAUGUGUGAGAGAGGCUUCAGUGAAUGAAUGCCCUGUUUGCCAUUGUACAAGCCACACCGGCUAAAGCUGAUUUAACAUGAUAUUCGAGACAAAUAGAAAGUCUUUCAACUUAAAAAAAGUCCAGGUAACCAUAUCUUUGCUUAAAUAUCUGAAGUUUGUUAACCUGGCGACCUUGGUGCUUAAAAGGAUUGGAGGGUUAGAGGAUAAUAGGAUAUAAAAAUAUUAUUAUUUGUGCCAUUUUUCGCUUCAGUGGCCUGAAGAUGGUAAACCUGUUGAUAUGACUUGAUUUAAUUACCUUAUUUAAUAUCAGCAGUGACGGAGCAAUUUCCAGUCGAUUUUCCAAAAUACUAGUUUUGUGUACUUAUAACGUGUGAUGGACAAUAUGAUUGGCUAGUAAAAACUCGUGCCAUUUCGUCGACCAAUCAGAAGAAAGACUUACAUCUAUCUUGACUUUCUUUUACGUGUUUCCCCGCGCUUUUCGUCGGUCACGUGUCUUCCCUCUGAGCUCUCUUCCAACACUUGAUUAGGAACCGAACUGUUUUACAUCUAAUAUGUUUACCAUUAAAAUUGCCUAAAAUUAGGUAGAUUAUUAGAAUGGAGGACCUCAAAACUCGUCAAGAACAGCAGAAAUUUCGAAAUAGGGAGCAAAAUAAGUAGUAGGGAACUUUCAAAAUUUGAUUUAAUUGUCAAGCCGUUAUAUUUCAUUUAUCCUUCAUUUCGUUUCUUUCUGGCAAUUCUUAUUUCAAGGAGUAAGGUUAGCUUUGGACAAGGUCGUGGCCUUAAUGAUGUACACACCAUAUGUAAAUCUAGAAGUUUUCCUGCCGAAUUUCAAUUGAAUUGCCGCCUUGGAGUUUGGAAAGCAAGGAAUAGUUAAGCUGCAUAUUUAAAGAUGAUUUUUGAGUUUUUGGCUGGAUAAAAUUGCAGUGUUGUCGAAAAAAGUCGAGCCCCUAAGGUACGUGGUUACCUAGGGGACGGUGUAAACGCUUUUAUUUUAUUAUGAUCGGCUUUCGUGACUAGAUGUUGUGGCCAUGUCGAUUUGGUUGUAAGAAUUUUUUCUUCGGUCACCUUCGCGAAAUGCAGCCGUUUAAUACCGGUUUUUAGUGGGGACGUUUUUUAUCUUUUUAAACUGAGAACUAAAAUUUAAGGAGUUUUGCUUAGAUGACGUUUGUGAAAUUACGGUAACUUACGGUGACUGGUUGCUUUUCUUAACCUUUGGAGCUCGGAAAUUAGAACAAAGUGGUUCGUUUCGGGAGAGUUGUUUGUUGGUGCAAAGAAAUCCAGUGUCGAGCCUUAUUUUCGGCGAGUGCUUAUUUUUCCGACACGUUUUUUCCCGUGUGAACUGGCAAAAAAUGUCAAGUUUUCCCUUUUACUCGAUUAAACCCUUUGCUUGUCUACGAAAACUUGUUCUUGUAAAUUGGGCUGUUGAAGGCACUUGUAACAAUACAAGCUGAUGUAUGUUUGCUUUUCGACUCCGCUUUUAUAGUUGGCUUACUUUGCUGUGCGUUUGUUUGACAACCAAAUUCUAGUGUGUAUAAAAUAACGUUUAAUUCCAAUAGGAGUACAUUUUGAAGGAAUUUUUGAUUAUAUAAUUCCUUUCUUGGUUGUCAGUAAACCCUAUUCAGAACUUUUUAUUAACGAUCGACAUCAA